CCUCUAUAUCACUAACCUUCACAAUGUUUUCCCCUUUGGAAAUGGACAUGUUUUAUUUGUGACGCCUCACGCUAACGUAGCCUGUCCUUUUUUUUUAUCUUGAGAUUUUUGGGGACCUGACGUCAGGACUGUAAGAUGGAUCACUCCUCGCUGCUUCUGUGCGCCAUUGUUGGCGCUUUGCUGAUAUUUUCAGCUCGUGCAAGCGACUGGUGCUACACUGGCUGUGAGUCCCACACUCCAAGCCACUGGGGAGACCUCCCUGGAUCUUUCUGUGAUGGGAAAAGACAGUCUCCUAUUAAUAUAGACACCAGAUAUGUUGAUAAAGACUCAAAGCUGGUCGCGUUCAACCUCAUCAACUUCACCUCUAACAUCACGUCCAUGAUCAACAAUGGACAUACAGUGAAGGGCACAUUUGGAGACAAUGUUGAAGUCAGUGGAGGUGGCCUUAAUGGAGUGUAUUCCGUGGACCAGUUUCACCUUCACUGGGGCGACACAAACGGUUUUCCAGGUUCGGAGCACAUGCUCAACGGUCGCCGGUCUCCAAUGGAGAUGCACAUCGUCAGUCUGAAGAAGGGUCUUACUGCGGAUGAGGCCAUGGCACAAUCAGAAGGGAUCGCUGUUCUUGGGUUUUUCGUAAAUGCAACCGAAGAUGGUGAUAUGACGGGAUCAUGGAACACGCUCACGUCAUAUCUGACAGACCAAAUAGACACUACAGUUUCAAUUAAGGACAACUUAUCGAUUCAGGACCUGAUCAAAAAUGUCAACCUCACAAAGUUCUAUCGUUACCUGGGCUCCCUGACCACGCCCACUUGCAAUGAAGCAGUUGUGUGGACGGUCUUUCAUGAGCCAAUCAAGAUCAACAAAAAGCUGAUUGAGCGGUUUCCUGCAAAUACAGGGCUCAGCAACAUUUAUCGGCCUACGCAAGCCCUCAAUAAACGUCGAGUGUUUGCUUCACCUGCAUCUCCUCUCCCUCCCAGUUAUCCUUGGUGCUACAACGACCACUGUGAGCACACGUCAUCCAACUGGCCCCUUCUGUACCACUCCCAUUGCGAUGGUGAGAGCCAGUCACCCAUCAACAUUGAGACACGCAACACUGUGGUGGACAAAAACCUCGACGCCUUCGUCUUUACAAAGUUUGACGACAAACACGCCAUCAAGUAUAUCACUAAUACAGGACAUGCAGUUAAAUGCGUCUUGAACGACGGCGUGGUGGAGGUGUCGGGGGGAGGUUUGGGACACGUCUACUCCACCCUUCAGUUCCACUUCCACUGGGGCACGGAAUCACAUGACUCCCAUGGCUCAGAGCACAAAGUGGAUUCCAAACAAUACCCAAUGGAGAUGCAUAUUGUGAACAAGAGGAAGGAUUUAAGUUUGGAGGAGGCGGUGCAGACUCCCAAUGGCCUGGCAGUUCUGGGAUUCUUUAUUGAGGCUGUGAGUACGACGAAAAGCAGCAGCAGCAGCAGCAGCAGCAGCAGCAGCAGUUCUGCUGAUUCUGGACAUGCCGAGACAAGUACACCAUCUGACAUGGAAGUCUGGAAGAAGCUGACCCAUUAUCUCUCGGCUAUUAAAACAAUCGACCAACAAGCUGAUGUCACUGACGAGAUCUCCAUGAACGACUUGCUCGGCAACGUGAACAUGAAGGCGUACUACCGCUACAACGGCUCAUUAACCACGCCUACAUGUGAUGAAGCGGUGGUUUGGACGAUCUUUAAAGAGUCUCUCAAAGUCAACCAAAGUCUGAUGAGUCUGUUCCCGACUGAGGCAGGAUAUCGCAACGUGUUUCGGCCGCUGCAGUCUCUCCACAACAGGACGGUGUACAGCACCGUUGCAUCAGCAGCCAGCGGCCCCGCACCUGCACCUGCACCUGCUGUGCUGUUUCUGCUGCCGCUGCUGCUUCUCUGCACCGUUUCAUUCAAUCUGCGUCAGUAAAAAGUAAAAAAAAGAAGAAGCUCAUCAAACUGAAGCUGCUGUGGUGAAUAAUUGUAUCAUGCACUAAUUAUCCGUUUUACACUGCUCUGAUUAUUUUAAUAUUUAUAACAAAAUUGUGUUUU